AUGGUGUGGAUGAGACCUGAGAAAGUACGAUAGACCAUGAUCCUCUGCAGGGCAAAACACCACAAUCAGUUACCUACAGAACUAUUUAAUCUAGAAAAUAACUCUGAAGAAGUAGAGUAGCUAGUAAUGAAUGUAGUAAUUACUGUCUAAUAGCAUGUGUAUCUGAGGCUAGGGACAGGGUGGUCUCGAUGCUAAGGCCAAGGUCCUAGCUUGCCAUGUAAGAAUUGCCCUUUGACCUUUUAACAUUGGUACAGUCUCACCCUCCAGUCAUGUUGAUUUAUUGUCAUACAUUUCUCAGAUCACUAAUAUCACGUGUAUUCUUCCCUUCUCCUUUUCCCCAUCCCUCUCUUUCAUCAGGGCUCAGAUGCGGUGCUGGAGGUGUUCAGUGUGCUGCCGGAGGAUGAGGUCGAGAGGGUGAUGGCAAAGAAGCUGAAGAGAGCCAAGAAGAAGGCCAGGUAAGUUGCAGACAGAGUAGAGAUCACACUGUCACUACAGCCACGGCAGGGACCAGUCUGCGGAUGUACAGUGGCUUGCGAAAGUAUUCACCCCCCUUGGCAUUUUUCCUAUUUUGUUGCCUUAUAACCUGGAAUUAAAAUAGAUUUUUUUUGGGUUGUAUCAUUUGAUUUACACAACAUGCCUACCACUUUGAAGAUGCAAAAUAUUUUUUCUUGUGAAACAAACAAGAAAUAAGACAAAAAAACAGAACUUGAGCGUGCAUAACUAUUCACCCCCCAGUCAAUACUUUGUAGAGUCACCUUUUGCAACAAUUACAGCUGCAAGUCUCUUGGGGUAUGUCUCUAUAAGCUUGGCACAUCUAGCCACUGGGAUUUUUGCCCAUUCUUCAAUGCAAAACUGCUACAGCUCCUUCAAGUUGGAUGGGUUCAGCUGGUGUACAGCAAUCUUUAAGUCAUACCGUAGUCCCGUGUAGCUCAGUUGGUAGAGUAUGGCGCUUGCAACCCCAGGGUUGUGGGUUCGAUUCCCACGGGGGACCAGUAUGAACAAAUUUAUGCACUCACUAACUGUAAGUCGCUCUGGAUAAGAACAUCUGCUAAAUGACUAAAAUGUAAAUGUAAAUACCACAGAUUCUCAAUUGGAUUGAGGUCUGGGCUUUGACUAGGCCAUUCCAAGACAUUUAAAUGUUUCCCCUUAAACCACUCAAGUGUUGCUUUAGCAGUAUGCUUAGGGUCAUUGUCCUGCUGGAAAGUGAACCUCCGUCCCAGUCUCAAAUCUCUGGAAGACUGAAACAGGUUUCCCUCAAUAAUUUCCCUGUAUUUAGCACCAUCCAUCAUUCCUUCAAUUCUGACCAGUUUCCCAGUCCCUGCCGAUGAAAAACAUCCCCACAGCAUGAUGCUGCCACCACCAUGCUUCACUGUGGGGAUGGUGUUCUUGGGGUGAUGAGAGGUGUUGGGUUUGCGCCAGACAUAGCGUUUUCCUUGAUGGCCAAGAAGCUCAAUUUUAGUCUCAUCUGACCAGAGUCCCUUCUUCCAUAUUCUUUUCCACAACUUUGUCCCUGACCUGUUUGGAGAGCUCCUUGGUCUUCAUGGUGCCGCUUGCUUGGUGGUGCCCCUUGCUUAGUGGUGUUGCAGACUCUGGGGCCUUUCAGAACAGGUGUGUAUAUAUACUGAGAUCAUGUGACAGAACAUGUGACACUUAGAUUGCACACAGGUGGACUUUAUUUAACUAAUUAUGUGACUUCUGAAGGUAAUUGGUUGCACCAGAUCUUAUUUAGGUGCUUCAUAGCAAAGGGGGAGAAUACAUAUGCACGCAUCAAUUUUCCGUUAUUUAUUUUGUAGAAUCUUUUGAAACAAGUUAUUUUUCACUCCACCAAUUUUGACUAUUUUGUGUGUGUCCAGACAUAGUCUGUCUCUCUCCUCUCCUGUCAGAGUGGUAAGAUUCAGAUCUUGGACUUGUCAUCAGGAACCCUCCUGGACACUGUUGACGCCCAUAACGGAGCUCUGUGGUCCCUCUGUCUGUCUCCUGAUCAGGUACUGUCUGUCUGUCAGGAUCUGCCUCUUCCUGUCCAUGUUCAACAUCAUCCACAAAACGUAGCGCUUUCAUGGGUCUCAUUUUCUAAAGUGCCAAUCUCCAUUACAACUCCAAAGGUGUCCUUAUCUGUAGACAAAAGCCCAUGGACAAUUCCACGUUUACAGAGGGAUGCUGAGACUCAGAUUUCUCACUUUAAAAUGUACAGUAUGUCAAACAAAAAACCAUUAUUUAAAAGUUAAACAAACCAAACAACUCUAUGCACAAUGAUUACUUUGAACAAUUUUCACUAAACAUUUUACAAAAGCACAUUUACUUGAAGAACAGUGUGCAGAUGCAAAGAUUGGUAACAGAAUGACUGUUUAUUUGACUGUAAUUAUGUUAUUUCCUCAGAGGGGGAUAGUGAUGGGGGGAGUUUCAGCUUAUUAAGGACGGAGAGGCUGCAUAGAAGUAAGCCAAGCUUUAUUCCUUCUGUUUCACAUACUGUCAGGAACACUUAGAAUGCUGUUUUAUACUAGAGGCAACUAGUUAUGUGCCCAGGCAGGUACUAGUGAUCUCAGGCUGCAUGCUGUUAUUCAAGUGUGCUUCUAUCGAGUGAGCACUUGAUUGGAGUUUGUGUUGACUCUGAUCUAAUUGUUUGUGUGUGUGUGUGUGUGUGUGUGUGUGUGUGUGUGUGUGUGUGUGUGUGUUGCAGGAGGCUGACUGUGAAACACAUGAGUACACUGCAGCUGGAUGAGGAUGUGUUGUGUUUGUGAAAUAUUCUCCUGACCAGAGACUGUUGGCUGUCUCCUUGCUGGACUGCACCGUCAAGGUCUUCUACACAGACACACUCAAGUUCUUCUCUCUGUGUGGACACAAGCUCCCUGUGCCCUGCCUGGACAUCUCUCAUGUGAGUACCAGUACUCAACCUGGCAACCAAUCUAAACUAAAAACUAAUGUAAUGUGUGACGGUAGACGAAUAUAGAAUGUGCAUACUUGAGUGUGUUGGUUAAAGUUGAUGUGUGUUAUGUGUGUCUAGUCUGUCUUGACUCUGAAUGUUGCUUCUUCUCCAGCGCUUAGGACAGUGCCUUGAUAGCAACCGGCUCUGCAGACAGAAACAUCAAGAUCUGGGGUCUGGACAUUGCGGUCACCGAUCUAUGUUUGCCCACGAUGACAGGUACAGAAAAUGUAUAACCUAAUAUUACAGACUACAAAGGGAAGCACAGUCGCGAGCUACCCAGUGACACGAGCCUACCAGACAAGCUAAAUCACUUCUAUGCUCGAUUCGAGGCAAGCAACACUGAAGCAUGCAUGAGAGCAUCAGCUGUUCCGGAUGACUAUGUGAUCACGCUCUCCUUAGCUGAUGUGGGUAAGACUGUUAAGCAGGUCAACAUUCACAAGGCCGCAGGGCCAGACGGAUUACCAGGACAUGUACUCCGAGCAUGCGCUGACCAACUGGCAAGUGUCUUCACUGACAUUUUCAACAUGUCCCUGACUGAGUCUGUAAUACCAACAUGUUUCAAGCAGACCACCAUAGUCCCUGUGCCGAAGAACACCAAGAAAACCUGCCUAAAUGACUACCGACCUGUAGCACUCACAUCUGUAGCCAUGAAGUGCUUUGAAAGGCUGGUCAUGGCUCACAUCAACACCAUUAUCCCAGAAACCCUAGACCCACUCCAAUUUGCAUACCGCCCCAACAGAUCCACAGAUGAUGCAAUCUCGAUUGCACUCCACACUGCCUUUUCCCACCUGGACAAGAGGAACACCUACGUGAGAAUGCUAUGCAUUGACUACAGCUCAGCGUUCAACACCAUAGUGCCCUCAAAGCUCAUCACUAAGCUAAGGACCCUGGGACUAAACACCUCCCUCUGCAACUGGAUCCUGGACAUCCUGACGGGCCGCCCCCAGGUGGUAAGGGUAGGUAACAACACAUCUGCCACGCUGAUCCUCAACACGGGGGCCCCUCAGGGGUGCGCGCUCAGUCCCCUCCUGUACUCCCUGUUCACCCAUGACUGCAUGGCCAGGCAUGACUCCAACACGAUCAUUAAGUUUGCAGACGACACAACAGUGGUAGGCCUGAUCACCGACAACGAUGAGACAGCCUAUAGGGAAGAGGUCAGAGACCUGGUCGUGUGGUGCCAGGAUAACAACCUCUCCCUCAACGUGAUCAAGACAAAGGAGAUGAUUGUGGACUAUAGGAAAAAAAAGAAGACUGAGCACACCCCCAUUCUCAUCGACGGGGCUGUAGUGGAACAGGUUGAGAGCUUCAUGUUCCUUGGUGUCCACAUCACCAACAAACUCAUGGUACAAACACACCAAGACAGUCGUGAAGAGGGCACGACAAAGCCUAUUCCCCCUCAGGAGACUGAAAAGAUUUGGCAUGGGUCCUCAGAUCCUCAAAAAGUUAUACAGCUGCACCAUCGAGAGCAUCCUGACUGGUUGCAUCACCGCCUGGUAUGGCAACUGCUCGGCCUCCGACCGCAAGGCACUACAGAGGGUAGUGCGUACGGCCUAGUACAUCACUGGGGCCAAGCUUCCUGCCAUCCAGGACCUCUAUACCAGGCGGUGUCAGAGGAAGGCCCUCAAAAUUGUCAAAGACUCCAGCCACCCUAGUCAUAGACUGUUCUCUCUGCUACCGCGCGGCAAACGGUACCGGAGCGCCAAGUCUAGGUCCAAAAGGCUUCUUAACAGCUUCUACCCCCAAGCCAUAAGACUCCUGAACAGCUAAUCAUGGCUACCCGGACUAUUUGCUGCUACUCUGUUUAUUAUCUAUGCAUAGUCACUUUAACUCUACCCACAUGUACAUAUUACCUCAAUUACCUCGACUAACCGGUGCCCCCGCACAUUGACUCUGUACCGGUACCCCCUGUAUAUAGCCUCCCUACUGUUAUUUUAUUUUACUGCUGCUUUUUAAUUAUUUGUUAUUUUUAACUUAUCUAUUUUUUACUUAACACUUAUUUUUCUUAAAACUGCAUUGUUGGUUAAGGGCUUGUAAGUAAGCAUUUCACUGUAAGGUCUACACCUGUUGUAUUCGGCGCAUGUAGCAAAUACAAUUUGAUUUGAUUUAAUAUAAUAUGAAUAUAUAAUAUACUCCCAGAACACAUCGUCCUAAGCCGUCAGACAUAUGGUCAGUGUAAAUGGAUUAAUGUGGACGCUUGACCAACGGUCUUGAGUGAUAUCAUUUAAUAUACGUUGGCUUCACUCUCCCCAUUUCCAGUAAAAUAUUUAAUUUAAUCUCCAGUUUCAGAAACAUUGUCCUUGACAUCACCCCAUCUGACAUGUUCAGAGUACAUUUUUAAGAAGAAUAGGAAAACUAGCAAAAAUGGAAAAUUAGCAAAAAUGGAGUUACAAAGUUUUCAUCAGACAGAAAUUAUGUGUGAGAAAUACACAAGCAACUGACUGACAAACACUUAUGAUUAGUGUGAGCAGAUGACAUCACCCCAUCUGCUCUUUCAUGUCGCUGUUUUGUCAUUUCUCAUCUGCUUUUCUUUUCUUUCUCCUUAUUUAUUUUGUUUGUUCCCAAAACCCAUCUGUUCUUCACAGCGGGGAAGGACAAGAAGAUAGAACAGUGGGAUGCAGACAAGUUUGAGCACAUCCAGACUCUAGAGGUGACAUUCACUCCCAUGCUGUUACAUUUCCCAUAUAGCGAUGAGGCCUAG